AUGCCGUUAACGGAUGCUGAUCUAUUAGCUUCACUUAGAGACUUUUCGCAAUGCAAUGAAACGCUGAUUUGCAAAGUGCGAACUACGGUGUUGGAGCCUUUCCAGCCCGACGUACGACCGGAAGCUCUCAGUCGCGCAGUCAAACCAUCAAGCGCAGAAUUCAAGACAAUGACCGUUCGUCUCGCCCCACUAGCUAUGCGUAUUAUGAACGAAAAUAUCAAUUCACUUCGUCGGCUUAAAGAAUCGCGUCAAGAAAAAUUAUAUAAUCGUUCCGCUAUUGUUACGUGUCUCAUUGACACAUCGCUUUAUGCAUUUGCCGCAUUGAAACAUAUGAAUGCCUACACCACACUUAAACCUCUGGAUCUGGAAAAGACAAUGUCCAAUUUGAUUGGCAAAAUUGUCGACUUGGGUGAAUAUGGUCGCGCGUUGGAAGAGUUACGUAAAUUCCGCACAAAUCUCGCCAAUAUCGCCAACGUACAAUUCGAUUCGCACCCUCCCAUGUCGUCGAAAUCAAAAUUAGUCAGCCCAGUGUCCGCUUCACCUCGAGCCAGCAAAGGAGUUCUUACCGAAAUGUUGAAUCGAGGAAAUGACGAUCUGCGAAUGACAGUAUCGGACACGUGGAUGGGAAAGCACGGGCACAUGUCUUCAUGGGACGAUGACAUGUUGCAAAAAUACGGAGAUCUUUUCAAUUUUCCUCUCGAUCCAAGCAUCAAUAAUCCAACAAUGAUAUUGCUUGUAUUGGCAUAUCAGAUGAACAGUCUUCGCUGCUGGUGCGACAUCAAAGAUGGUGCAUUGCUGAAAUACUUGCCUAUGUUAUUGAGCCGAUCAGGCAAUUUCCUUGAUUGCUGCGCAUUGCUCAAGAAAUUCGAUCCAAUCACCUCAAGAAAACAAUUCGAUUCGUUGCAACGCAUGCUAUUCAGAGCUGCAAGCAAGUUUCCCUCAUCAGGUACGUCAAAUCUACCAAGCAAUGUCUGUUGUUUCUUCAUCAUCACUCAUUCUUUUCUUGUAUGUAUUGCUUUCAGAAGGAGCAUCAUUACAAUCGUUCUGUCUACAGGUUCUGGCUCUCAAAGCCGCAUUUUACACCGAAACCGCGUCAAUUCAAUCCCUCUGUUCUCGCCUGGUUCGCAUGGGGAUUGCUUACGAACAUUCCACAAAACAACGUAG